AUGUUCGCGAACGAACGCGGGGCUUCGCCGGGAUCUGGUUACAUCCGCCUGCACGGAAUGCACCUGCAGCGGCCAUCAUGGGAGGCGGAGCUACAGCCACUGGAGGGAGUGACAGGCGUGGUAGAGGUGGUGGUGUUUGACAUGAGUGUGCGGCACCGGAUUGGGUACCGCUGGCGAAACAGCAGCAGCACAGACACGACGCCGUUCGCCCAUGCAGACAACGGGGAGGAGGAGGGCAGCGGGCCCCUCUUCUUCUGCUGCACCAAGGAGCUCGAGCCUCUCACCGGGUGCACUGUGGGCCGCCUGAUAGUGCGACGAGAGGCACAUGAGCCUGAUUGGCCGCGGGUCCUAGAGGCCCAGUUCAUGGGCAACAGCUCACUCACAGCAGAGCUGAGUGAAACCGUGCACGUCCCACGGGCCGGCUUUGUGUAUGUGUGGCUGGCCAUGUGCGACAAGAACCUGGACAACACCAAGGUGUUUGGGCACACGGAGUGGUGGGCGCACGGUAAAUGUCUUUCUUCCCUCACUUCCCCACCUUCCUCACGCCUCCCUCUCGUCCCAUUCCUUUGUCUCCUUCAACACCCUUCCCCUGUUCCACCCUCUCACCCCCCUCCUAUGUCGUCCUUCUCGGCCUCCCUCGUUUCCCAUGCCCCCUCCCCUCCACCUCUAUGCCCUCCUCUAUCUCACCUGGCGCCCCCAGUUCGGCCCAGCAUGGCACUCCCUCAUCGUCAACUCCCCCGCCCCCAUACCACCCCCUCCCCCGCCCCUCCCUUCUCCCAGCUCUACGCCCUCCUCUGUCUCGCCUGGCGCCCCCAGUUCGGCUCAGCCUGGCACUCCCUCGAUCGCAACUCACUCCCUCACUUCCUCACCCUCCUCCUCCUCACGCUUCCCUCUCAUUGUCCCGUGCCCCCUCUGUUCCCCCCUUCCCCCCUUACCCCUCCCAGCUCCAAACCUGCCUCUAUCUUGCCUGGCGGCCCCAGUUCGGCCCAGCCUGGCACUCCCUCAUUGUCAAAACAUGAUACCCCCUGCCUUCACAUUCACCCGCCCCCACCCUUUCCCCCCCCUAUUCCCUCCCAGCUCUCCACCCUCCUCUAUUUUGCCUGGCGCCCCCAGUUUGGCCCAGCCUGGCACUCCCUCGAUCGCAACUCACUCGCUCACUUCCUCACCUUCCUCCUCCUCCUCUCCCUCCUCUCCUCCCUCACCACCCUCUGCGACCUCCUCCUCCUCUGCACCACGGGGCACCGAUUCGUUAUAGUCACGCUCGCUGCAGUGACAGUGGGGGUCCUGCAGGGGCUGCUGCUGAGGGGAGUGCUGGUGGGGGUGGCGGUGGGCGUUGGCACGCUGCUGCCGAAAGUGGGGGUGAUUCCUGGCAAGGUGGACCACACGUCUCUUACCCCACUCAUCCUUAUCUUUCCCUGCCAGGCGCUCAUACCAGCAGCCCUGUACGCGCUCAUACCAGCAGCCCUGUACGUGCUAGUGGCGGGAACAUGUGAGGGAAUGAGGAACGUGGGGCAGGUGGACGACUGGGGCAGUGGUGAGCUCGUGGCUCUGCACUCCCCUCUUGUGCUCAUGGACCUCUGUCUCGCUGCGUGGCUCGUCCCGACCGCUCGUGCUACGGAGGCGCAGGUGAGGCGUGGCAAUCUGUUGGGGCACGAAGACAUGUGGCUGGGGCACGAAGACAUGUGGCUGGGGCACGAAGACAUGUGGCUGGGGCAGCGGAUAGCACGUGGCUCUGCGCACGCCUCUUGUGCUCAUGGACCUCUGUCUUGCUGCGUGGCUCGUCCCGACCGCUCGUGCUACCAAGGAGCAGGUGAGGAGCUGCAGUAUGGGUGGAACAUGGGCACGUGUGACUGCUACCACUGCGUGUGGGCUGCUGCUGCUGCUGCUACCAAGGAGCAGGUAGGAGAUGGCAAUGUGGCUCUGCACUCCGCCCUCGUGCUAGUGGACCUGCUUCUUGCUGCCUGGCUCAUCCCGGCUGCUUAUGCCACCAUCCAAGGCGCCGCUGGUAAGAAAUUGCAGUGUGGGUGGGCUGGGCAGGACAAGCGGAUGUGUGGCUGA